GUUCCACAAAAUCCACAACGUCAGUCGGCAAUUCCUCUGCCACCACCUUUUCGCUAAUCGCGGCUUUUCCAAUAAUAAUUUCGAAUAUAACUUAUUCGUAAAACUAACAUUUUUAGUUCCUUUUAUAGUGAAAAAUAUACGAAAUAGCUAACACCAAAAUGUCUGGCUUCGAAAUAAAGACAUGUAACAGCAAGAAGGGCAAAGCGAUGUUUUCUACAAAGAACUACGAGCCAGGAGAUAUAAUUCUGGAGGAGGACCCUUUAGUGUCAUGUCAGUUCGCGUGGAACGCUGCAUACAAAUACAUAGCAUGUGAUCAUUGUAUGAGGCCUCUAGAAACCCCCGAGCAAAAUGUCAGACGUCUGUCAGCCAACCCGGACAUGGUGCUCCCUCACCCAGAUUGCUAUGACAUGUGUUUGGACAACAUUACUAGUUGCGACCAGUGUGGAGUCUACUACUGCUCCGAGAGUUGUCGGCAACAAGCGUAUGCAAAGUAUCAUAGGACCAUAUGCUAUGACCCGAAUGAUUUGCAACAUCCUAUUGUUGUGCUGUUGGAGGCUUGGAAACCGCUCCACUACCCACCAGAAACAACCAGCAUCAUGCUCCUAGUCCGAAUACUAGCCUACAUCCAACAGAGCUCAGACCCGAGCUCCGCCGUCGCAACAAUCAAGCAGUUCUGCCAUCGCACCAUGAAUGAAGACGAGGAGAUUUUGCACAAACUGUUGGGAGAGCAGUUUGUGGACCAGCUCAAUAUGCUGAGGGAACUUACGGCUAAUGUUGUAAAUGGAGAUGCUGUGCAAGAGUUCCUCACUCCUGACGGUUUCUGCAGCCUCAUGGCGCUAGUAGGCACAAACGGGCAAGGCAUCGGGACCAGCCCACUGGCCAUGUGGGUCAACUCGGUGGUGGAACUGACACUCUCUGACGAUGAGAGGCGGCAGUUGGACGUUUUCUUGACUAGGAUGUAUGAUAAAGUGCAGGAAGAAUCCGGCUCCUUUCUAAACACUGAAGGCUCUGGUCUCUUCAAGCUUCAGAGUGCCUGCAACCACAAUUGCGCGCCGAACGCCGAAUCAACGUUCCCUUACGGCAACCAUAGACUACAACUGAAGGCUGUCAAACCCAUUAGGCCCGGGGAGGAGAUCUGUAUCAGCUACUUGGACGAAUGCUUCUUGCAGAGGUCCAGGCAUUCUAGACAGAAGGAGCUCGCCCAGAACUACCUAUUUGUAUGCGACUGCCACCGCUGUCUCUCCGAGUGCUCUCAGCCCGAGUGCACCAGCGAGGAGGAAAUGUCCGAAGAAGACGCGGACGACUGAUGCUCUAACCUCCUGGCCUUCUGCUUGCUUGGCCUAUAAGAGACUUGUGCAGUGCUUGUUUUCCAGUUUUGAGUGGAAAUGGCCAGAUAAAGUGUGUUGUGGAUUCAUGUGAAUUUAAUAACCUCUUUUUUUUUUUGACGGAGUGGGAAUG